AUAGCAGUUCAGAGACGAUCAGCAUCGCGAACGUGUUUUUUACAACAAUUAAGUAUCAGUCAUUUCGAUUUAUUUUCGAUAGAAACUUCAAAGAAAAGGUUUUUUGCACUCUAAUACGCACUUCCACGAGCUCGAGUGAAAAAGUUAAAAAAAUUAGAAUUUUUGAUUGUUUUUAUUAACGUAUAAAUACUAAUAAUGACACCUUUGGAAGUUACGUUGGUCGGUGUUGGACCUAAUGCAAAUCAACAAGCUCAACAGGUCCACAUCAGGAGCAGGAUAGUAUGUCGGUACCAGCAGAGUUAUCCUCAAAUGCAGGGACAGUUUCUGCAGCCAGCUCAGUACUGUGGUCAAUAUUAUGGCCAACAGCAGCCUCAGUACAUGAAUAGCAUGCGAAUAAUGACAAUACCAGCAGGAGGCACAUGGCAGCCGAGGUCAGGGUGGUACAGCGCAACCAACACCUGCUGCACCUUUGCCACCAGGUCAGCAGACAAUGCUAACUUACACCAUGCCUGCCAAUUUUCACAAGUAGUGCUGAGGAUAUUCUUAAACCCUAUAUUAAAACAUCAUCAUCGAAGAAUUCCUUUGCAUGACUACAAGUACAUACUAUUAUUAGUAUGUAGGCAAGAUUCUGCAAUGCUUCGCUGUGCGUCACGAGCAGAACUACCUUUAUUUAAAUAUCUAGAAGCUAUAGCGCCAUCAACUGAUUCAGAUUUUAGAUUUUAGAAAGUUUUUACAAUGUUCAAAAGAUAUAGGAAAUAAGUUUGAAGCGAGUUGCUCAACAG